AUGACGCACGAGAAGCACUCCCUCGACACCCGCCGUGUCUCUGUUGACGCGGACGGCGAGUCUCUCGGUCGCCGUACCUCAGCACUCGAAGAGGUCCCUACCUUCGUCCCGCCGCCCGGUUUCCCAGGUCUUCCUAUUACUCGACGCAGGAGCACCGUUUCGCAGACCUCGCGAGUCACCUUUGAGCAUGAGCGCCCGGAUGAUAUGGAGGAACUCGUUCUGAGUGCUUCCGCCCUGAGCCGCCACCGAUCGCGAGACAGGCGUGAGUCUCAAGACCACGUCUUCGAGCUUCCUGCAUUCCCUCGCGCGGCGAAGCCUGGUCCCGUUAGCACUAUUCGAGAAGUUCCCUCCGAGUUUACGACACCGCAGUCGACGCGGCCGCCAUCUCCAGUCUCCGGCUUUGCCUCAGGACCGCCAUCCCCAGGAGAGAGGUCCGGUACUCAGACACCGGCCGAAUACGAAAUCGGCGCGGGGCAAGCUUACCCAGACGUCGGCACUGUCGCCUCCUUCCGUGGAGCGAUUGUACUCCUCUGCACCUGCGGUGCACAACUGAUGGACAACGUUUUCAUGACAGGCGUGAACAUCGCUCUUCCAGCUAUCCAGAAAGACUUUGACGUCAAGAGCGGGGAGCUUCAGUGGCUUAUCUCGGCUUACACCUUGACUUUCGGCGGCUUCCUGCUGUUGUCCGGAGUUCUGGCCGAUCGCUUCGGAAGAAAUUUGAUUUUCUGCUCUGGCAUGGCGACUUUGAGCAUUUGGACCAUUGCCAACGGUUUCGCGACCUCAUUCAUUCAGCUCUCAAUUUUCCGAGCCCUCCAGGGCAUCGGCGCCGCCAUGACAGUACCGUCGGCGGUGGGCAUCAUCAGCAACUACUUCGUCGCCAAGGACCGAACUCUUGCUCUGACGAUCUUUGGUGCCGCUGGAGCUGUUGGAUUCUGCCUAGGCUUAAUCUUCGGAGGGUUCUUGACAUCGUCACUGGGAUGGAGAUACAUCUUCUACAUCCCAGUCGCAGUCACCGGCACCCUCGGCACGAUUGGAUGGUUCUUCCUCCCCAAGGACCGCAUGGAGGGUACCUCGCGCCCCAAGCUAGACUUUGUCGGUGCUGGUCUCUCAACUGCCGGGCUUAUUUUGCUCAGCUUCGUGCUCUCCAGCGGUGGCGAGUACGGUUGGGGCAAAGCUUUCAUCAUUGCUCUGCUCAUUGUUAGCAUUGCCAUGAUUGUUGCCUUCACCUACGUUGAGAAGAAGGUUGCCAACCCCAUCAUGCCACUUUCGCUGUGGAAACUUGAGAACUUUGCUGCUCUGUGGAUCGGCGGAUUCGUCAUGUACGGCGGAUACCAGACGACCAUCUACUACACGACCCUUAUUGCGCAGGAAGUGAACAAGCUCAGCGCCGGCCAGACUGCACUUCGUUUCCUUCCUAUGGGUGCCACGGGCUUCAUCUUCAGCCUUUCUAUGUCUCGCAUGCUAGAGAUAUUCAACCCCAAGUGGCUUCUCGCUGUAGGCAUGGCCAUUUGCGCUAUCGCGCCAGUGCCUGCCGCGCUUAUGAGGGACGAUGACCUCAACUUCUGGAAGCAUAUAUUCCCUACAACUGUCAUCGGUGUCGCUGGAACGACAAUCGUGUACUGCACUAUCACCGUCGUACUCCUGGCCUCAGUUCCAGUGAACGUCAAGAGUCUCUGCGGCGGUAUGAUCAACACCGCAUUUCAAAUCGGCAGCGGGUUUGGGCUUGCGGUUGCAAGCGCAGUUGUGCAGGCGGUCGAUACAAAGAACGGUCACGGUAUCUUGCAACAAUACGGAACAGGUCUAUGGUGCUGCGUUGGUUUUGCCGGUGUUGGUGUUGUCGCGAGUAUCUUCGGGGUUAAGGACGUUGGCAGAGUCGUCAACGGUCCUGUGAUGGCGCACUAA